UGCGUUCACAUGAGCGCGCCCCACAUUCCAAUCCAGAACGAGCCAAGAUGGCGGCGUGCGUUGGGCUGCGCUGCGUACUACAAAGUUUCCCUUCAGUAUUGCCCUUGGUCUCCAGAACUAUAGCAACGCCUUCAUCCAGGCUGUUGCCCAAGACCCAUCUUCAUCCCCGAACACUGAGCACAGCCUCUCGCCUGGCUGCAGACCUGAAGUUCACAGACAAACAUGAGUGGGUACGAGUAGAGGAUAGAAUUGGGAUAGUUGGCAUCAGCAAUUUUGCUCAGGAGGCACUAGGAGAUGUAGUGUACUGUGGGCUUCCAGAACCUGGGACAAAACUUAAUCAAAUGGAUGAGUUUGGGGCCCUAGAAAGCGUAAAGGCUGCAAGUGAAUUGUACUCUCCCCUUACGGGGGAAGUGACUGAAAUCAACCAGGACCUGGCAGACAAACCGGGCCUUGUCAACAAAUCCUGCUAUAAGGACGGCUGGCUGAUCAAGAUGACUAUUGACAAGCCAUCGGAGUUAGAUGCCCUAAUGGAUGAGGCAGCCUAUGAGAGAUAUAUAAAAUCAAUUGAAAACUAGGAGCACCGCUGGAGUCUGCUGCAUUUCUAACAAUAACGAUGCCUGAAAGUCUUGCACUAAUCCUUACCCUAUUUUAACCUCUUAUCACGUCAGCGAUGGGAACCUCCUUUGUAGAAAGCUCCAGCAAAAUGAAUUCUGGGGUUUUUGUAGCUGGGUUGCCACGUAUGCCAUUUAUUUUUAUUUUUUUUUUAAUUUUUGUGGAUUAGUUUCAGAGAACAGAAAUUGUAAAGCCUUAGAGGUUUAACAAGUGUCAAAAAUAGUUCGUAGGAAGUUAUGUGGGAUGGAAACUGGAAGCCCCCAAAUUUUCCUUGGGUCUUUCUCAAAGAGAAGAAGACUGAGACAUUUCCAAUCUGUUCAGAGGUUCUGCUGGAGCUGGAGAAAGCCGUAUUCUGGCAUGUUAGACUGUAAUGGCUGGGAUAAUAAAAUUCCAGAAGUCAUAACUGUCUUUAUUUCAAAGUGCAUCAUGUUGUGUUUGUUUGGACAGGAUCAACUGGGGAAAGCAGCCUACAACUAGCCUUAUCAUGGAAGGUAGCUAGGAUGGCGUGGUUUCAAGUACUGUCUUCCUCAGAACUAUUUUCAUACCCUUGCAAACCUGACGGGUGAGAAUGUCUACAGUUCUGGUUAACAGUAACCUUGACACAUGCAGACACAAUUGUACACUGUGGGCACCCUAGCGAUGCCAUUUGUGCUGCCCACUGAGUCACUGUGCCUCUUAUAGUCUCCAUAUGGUCUCAGGUUUUUGUUUGUUAAAGAAAGUAAAGGUUAAAAAAAAUACUGUGACACAGCAUCUCACUGAAUUUGAAAAAGGCACCACCUGACACAUAUACCUGUAGGGUUUUUCUUCCUUCGGGUUUCUCUUCGGCAGGCAAGAUCACAGAAACUGUCAGCUUCUAGGUUUGUGCAGUCAGACCUUAGAAGAUAAAUCUAUUUAUAGUAAUAUGUAGCAUUCGUUACAUACGUGCAUGUUGGAUGUUUGACGUAAUUUUAAUUGAUUUAGUUUGUGUCUUGCACUGUAUGUAGUAUAAGGAAAUACUUAACCAUCACUAUACUAGGUGCUGUACUACAGUUAUAGUAAGAACUUAACACCAAUUACGACUUUGCCUGACUUGAAAUUGUGUAAAGGAUUCUUUUUACGAUGGGCUCUGGCGAAUUCAGUUGUUAUGGUGUUUGUGAUGUUUAGUUAAAACGCAUUCAAAUCGUUUAGUGAUUUAUAAAAUUCCAUACACCUGGAGAACAACAGAAACUAGAUUUUUGGUUGAUGUCCAUCUACUUCUUUGUACAUUACCUCCGUUGUUAUACAUUAAGCCGAAAAAAAACAUUCUGCAAAACCUAUA